CUGUGAAGCCAUUGUUAUCCUAUAGGAAGAGGACAUUCCAGGUGCACUUUUGACUAUCUGCACCUCAUUUCCAUGUACACAUUUGGAAGUAAAAUACUUUCACCUGGCUAUCACUGCACCUGCUGUCUGCUGUAACAGAUGUCUUUGUAGGACAUAGUACAGAGCUCAUAGACAGUGCAUGGUGGGUUCACUAUCAGUGUUCAUAUGAUUGAAGAUUCAUGAAAAAUUCUCCACAUGUCUAUCCAACUAAAUGGAGACGCAUUUCAAGACUUGUUUGACAAUUACAAUUACAGCUAUAACUACAAUGAAACAGACCUGGAGAACAUUUUUUCUGAGACUGCACCCUGUAUGAAGGCAUGGAGUUUGAACAAAUACAGCGUGGCAGUGGUUUAUUCAGUUGUUGUCAUGCUCAGUGUGGCUGGAAACUCCAUGGUGGUAUUGGUUAUCUGCUAUGACAAAGUCCAUAGAUCAUCCACUGACAUAUACCUCUUAAAUCUGGCUAUAGCUGAUCUUCUGAUUGCCAUCACCCUUCCUUUCUGGGCUGCCUAUAUUGUCAGCCAGUGGAUAUUUGGAGAAUUCAUGUGUAAGGCAACCUCUGUUUUACAAGAGGUAAACUUCUACAGUGGAAUCCUUCUACUGGCCUGUAUUAGUGUUGAUCGAUAUCUUGCCAUUGUUCGAGCUACUGAGACUGUUGUUCAAAAGCGUCAUUUAGUCAAGUUUGUCUGCAUAGGUGUCUGGGUCUUUGCAAUUCUUCUGUCAUUGCCUAUACUCCUUUACAGGUCAGUUUUUAACUCUGCCCAUGGUGGCAGCCUUGUAUGCUAUGAACUCCUGGAUGCAUCAAAAACAGAGCGGUGGAGGAUAAUCACACGUUUUCUGCGGCACAUUAUUGGAUUUUUCAUCCCUCUCAUCAUCAUGAUUUUUUGCUAUGGGUUUACCUUGAAUACCCUCCUUGAAAUGAAAGGCAAACAAAAACAGAGAGCCAUGAGGGUAAUUUUUGCAGUAGUCUUGUCCUUUCUUAUCUGCUGGCUACCAUUCAACAUCACCGUCUUCAUUGAUACAUUGAUGAGAACCAAGGCCAUAAACGAGACCUGUAAUCUGAGGGCACAGAUUGACACUGCUCUACCUGUGACACAAAUGCUUGGCUUCUCACACAGCUGCAUCAACCCUAUCUUGUAUGCCUUCAUUGGACAGAAAUUCAGACAUAGUUUCCUAAAGAUCCUGACUACUCAUGGUGUUAUUAGCAAGGACAUUCUCAUCAAACGUGGUAGAAGUCCUUCUUCUAUGUCCACUUCUGGAAAUACAUCUACAACUUUAUAA